AUGACCCCAUCAAGUGUGUUAUUGUCGGGUACAACGUGCCAUUGUUUCCUGAUUUUUUCUAGGGAUGGAGCUGUAGGUAAGACCAGCAUGCUCAUUUCUUAUGGGUCUGAUGAGUUCCCAGUAGAAUAUGUGCCAACAAUUGUAGAUAAUUAUAGUGCAGAACUUCAAAUAAAUGGAAAAACCCAGAUACUAGAAUUAUGGGAUACUGCUGGCCAAGAAGAAUACGAUCAGCUUCGCACUCUAUCCUAUCCUGAAACAAAUAUAUUUAUAAUAUGCUACUCUAUUGUGGAGUAUUGA